AUGUUGAUGAUGAAGAUGAUGGUAUUAUCCUUCAAUAGAUAUAUAAUUUUAUUAAUUCUUAUACAUUAUACUUAUACAAAACCACAUUUAGAAACAGUGAGUCGACGUGAUACAGAACAUUUUAUUGAUGAUCCAGAUCGUCAUGAUAUUGAAUUUGAUCAUAAUGCAUUUUUAGGUGAAGAGACUGCUAAAGAAUUUUCCCAACUUACACCAAAUGAAAGUGAAGAAAAAUUAAAGAUUAUUAUUAGAAAAAUUGAUAAAGAUAAUGAUGAAAAAAUUACGGAAUACGAAUUAAAAUCUUGGAUUGAAUAUGUAGCUAGUAAAUCGAAACAAAACAGUACAGAUCGUCAAUGGAAUGAUAUAAAUCCAACUAAUCAAUCUUCAAUUAAAUGGACAGAAUAUCUUAUAAAAACAUAUGGACCAGAAGAAGAACGAUUAAAAGAUACAGCUACAUCUGAGUCAUAUAAAAAAGCUGUACAACAUGAUCGACGACGAUGGGUUGCUGCUGAUUUAGAUAAAGAUGACAGUUUAAAUAAAACUGAGUUUACUGAUUUCGUACAUCCUGAAGACAGGCCAAAUAUGAGAGAUGCUGUUAUUGAUGAAUUACUGGAAUAUGUGGAUAAGGAUAAUGAUGGAUAUGUAUCUGAAAAAGAAUAUUUAGUUGAUUUAGCUCGUGCUUAUCAAAGUACACCAUUUGAUGAAAAUGAACCUGAAGCAGAAUGGGUUGAACGUGAAAGAAGUCAAUUUCGUCGAUUCAGAGAUACAAAUCAAGAUGGUAGAAUGGAUAGAGCAGAAGUUGGUGAAUGGAUAAUGCCAUCAAAUUAUGAUCCAAUAGAUGCAGAAACAAAACAUUUAUUUUAUCAUGCUGAUACUAAUAAGGAUGGAUUAUUAACAGAAGCAGAAAUUAUCGCUAAACGAGAUACUUUUGUCAGUAGCCAGGCCACAAAUUACGGAAAUGCGCUAAAACAACAUGAAGAGCUUUAA